CAAUUCAACCUGCUGACAAAGAAAAACAACUAUCUUUUGUAAUUUGGCAGCCAUGCUGUAUUUUCAAAAAGGCUGACAUCUAAAGUCAAUUGAUUAACAUAACAAUGUCUCUAUUCCUAUAGGAUAUAAAAGGGCCAUGGCUCGCUUAGUCAGUGUUGCAGUGUGAUCACAUUUAGCUAACACAAUGGGAAAGAUAAUCUUCUACGAGGACAAGAACUUCCAGGGUCGCUCCUAUGAGUGCAACACCGACUGUGCCGACCUGCACACCCAUUUCAGCCACUGUAACUCCAUCCAAGUGGAGAGUGGUAGCUGGAUGGUCUAUGAGCGGCCAAACUACAUGGGCUACCAGUACUUCCUGAGAAGGGGAGAGUAUCCCGACUACCAGCGCUGGAUGGGCUUUAAUGAUUGCGUGAAAUCCUGCCGCAUGAUCCCUCAAAAUCAGGGAGCUCACAAGAUGAGAAUCUACGAGCGCUCUGACUUUGGCGGUCAGAUGCUGGAGUUUGCUGAUGACUGCCCCUCCCUCUACGAUCGAUUCCAUUACAAUGAUAUCCACUCUUGCAAUGUUAUGGAGGGGUAUUGGCUCUUCUAUGAGCAUCCCAACUACAGAGGCAGGCAGUAUCUCCUGAUGCCUGGCGAGUACAGGAGAUACAGUGACUGGGGAGCCAUCAAUUCCAGGAUUGGCUCCAUCAGACGUGUUGUUGCUCACCCAAACUGAGAGGCAAUACAUUGUCAACAUGAAAAUGAGCCU